CGUUUGGAAAGUGCAACUCGUUUCGGACACUAUAUAGAGGCGUUUAAUAUUAAUACGAAUGGUUGGGUCGCAACCUACGUGUAUAAAAGAUUGAAGUUCAUGAACAACCGGAACAUCAGUCAGAUUACAACCCUCGUCUUCUUAGCACUCUGGCAUGGUUGGCAUCCAGGAUACUAUCUAACCUUCUUCAACGAGUUUAUAUCAAUGGGAUUUGAGGCUGAGUGGGCCAAAAUGUGGGCAAAGAGCAAAAAGGUUGAGUUAUGGAAACUUCAUCCGGCCUACCAAACAGUUACAUCUAUUAUCGGUUGGGUUUACGUCCACUUCUUUCUCCCUCACUGUUUCAUCCCAUUUCCCCUGAAAACAGCUUCAAGAAUAUUUGCCGCGUAUCGUAGUGUAUACUUCGUGCAUUUCCUCUUCUACUUGGGCUGGCCUGUAUGGGGCAGACCGGUCAAAUCAUACCUUCUCCCUCCGAAGGCCAAGUCAGUGGAGGCGACCAAGUCAGAAAGUACUCCUAAGUCAGUUGAAACGGCUAAGUCAGAGGACUUAACCAAGUCCAAAUAGAAAAAUAUUUAA